AAGAAAGUGUGAUGCAUAGAUGUUUUAGCCUUUUAACUGCAUUGCUCAAAUACUUGAUAAAUAGUAUUAUUAUCACUGUAACCUAACUGGAAAACAUCUCAAAUACUUGGAACAAAUUUGGGGCCACAAGAAGGCCACUUAUAAAGUGGCUUUGCACUUUGCAUUGACCUAUUGCAGCUUCUUUUUUCUUAUUUAUUUUUUCUUUUCUAGAACUUAAAACAUAUAUAAAGGGGAAAGAAAAGUGAAUCCAUUAUAUACAGAGUUCUUUGCUUUCUCUUCUCUGCAAUUUCUGGUAUAUAAUAUGUUUCCAUUGCUAUCUUUUCUCAUGUUCAGCUAUAUUUUACUGGCCAAUUCUUUAAAUGAUGAAGGCCUUGCUCUUCUUUCCUUCAGACAGUCCAUAGAGAAUUCCACUGCUGGUUACCUAGAUAACUGGAACUCAUCAGAUGACAACCCGUGUUCCUGGCAUGGUGUUGAAUGCAGAGGAGAAACAGUCGUUUCUCUCAGAAUUCCACAUAAGGGUCUUUCUGGGUUAUUCCAUCUCGACGCAACCAAGCUUCUUGCUCUUCGUCAAGUUAAUCUGAGAAACAAUUACUUCUUUGGGAGCUUGCCGGUUGAGCUUUUUCGUGCAAGAGGAUUGACAAAUUUAGUCCUGUCAGGAAAUUCAUUUUCUGGAUCAGUUCCUGAUGAGAUAGGGAAUCUCAAGGGCCUGAAGAUCCUCGAUCUUUCGGAGAAUUCAUUUAAUGGUUCGAUACCUUCACCUCUUGUUCAAUGCAAAAGAUUGAAGCAGCUUUACCUUAGUCGAAACAAUUUUGCUGGUUCUUUACCUAAUGGGUUCGGAACCAACUUGGUAAUGCUUCAGAUACUUGAUCUUUCGUUUAACAAGUUAAGCGGUUUGAUCCCUAACGACCUAGGCAACUUGUCGAGCUUGAAACGUGGUCUUGACCUUUCUCACAAUCUCUUUAAUGGUACUAUUCCAGCAAGCCUAGGAAAGCUUCCUGAAUUAGUUUAUAUCAAUCUUUCUUACAAUAACCUCAGUGGUCUUAUACCUCAAAAUGAUGUUCUACUCAGUGUAGGACCAACGGCUUUUGUAGGCAACCCUCUCUUAUGUGGACUUCCAUUAAAAUCUCCAUGCCUUAUGGAUCCGAAACCCAUCCCUUAUGAACCAAGUCAGGCUUCUCCUGGGGGCAACAGCUCCAGCCGGAGUCCUACUGUAGUGAUAGGAAUUGUUGCAAGUACAGUGGUGGGAGUUAGCCUUACCGCUGUGCUGUUCUCUUACUGGUAUAAGAGAACGUAUGUUUGUAAAGGAAGCAAACGUGUCGAGGGUUGUAAUCCUGAAGAAAAAUCAAGCGUUAGAAAGGAGAUGUUCUGUUUCAGAACAGAUGACUUGGAGUCUUUAUCAGAAAAUAUGGAACAGUAUAUUUUCAUGCCAUUAGACUCGCAGAUUAAAUUUGAUCUUGAACAGCUCCUCAAAGCUUCUGCUUUUCUUCUGAGUAAGAGCAGAAUAGGAAUUGUGUAUAAAGUUGUUCUUGAGAAGGGACCAACUGUUGCAGUCAGAAGACUGGAAGACGGAGGAUUUCAAAGGUACAGAGAGUUUCAAACUGAAGUAGAAGCAAUUGCAAAGAUUAAGCAUCCAAACAUUGUCUGUCUCCUAGCUUAUUGCUGGUGUAUCAAUGAGAAGCUGCUCAUCUAUGAGUACGCGCAGAACGGGGACCUUUCUGCUGCAAUUCAUGGAAGAACAGGAAUGAUAUACUUCAAACCUCUUUCUUGGCUGGUUCGCCUUAGAAUCAUGCAAGGAGUAGCCAGGGGAUUAAGUUUUCUACAUGAAUUUAGCCCCAGACGAUAUGUCCAUGGAAAUCUAAAGCCUAGCAAUAUUCUGCUUGGAGAAAACAUGGAGCCAUGCAUCUCCGAUUUCGGACUUAGCCGUCUAGCAUACACAACUGAAGAAUCAACAUCAGUUUACUUAGAACAAACAACAGGUGGCACGCCGCUACCAGGAUCUCCAUUCGCAUUUACACCAAUAAAUUCAGGUGCAGUUAUGGCUUACUAUGAAGCUCCUGAGGUAUCAAAAUCCUCCAAGCCGUCACAGAAGUGGGAUGUGUAUUCAUUUGGAGUAAUUUUACUGGAGAUGAUUUCUGGGAAGUCGCCAGUUAUGCAGACAAGUGCUUCAGAAAUGGGUCUUGUCCAGUGGAUACAGCUGAGUACUGAAGUGAAGCCACUCUCUGAUGUAUUAGAUCCCUUCCUAGUUCAUGAUUUAGAUAAAAAAGAAGAGAUGGUUGCAAUACUCAAUAUUGCUCUAACCUGUGUUCAUACGAGCCCAGACAAGAGACCUUCUAUGAGGAAUGUUAGUGAUUCUCUGGAAAGAUUGUCCUCAUCUACAUGAGGAAACCGCCAUGUACACAAUACAUCUUCUUUCAAGAAACAGAUUAUGUCCCCUAGUUUUCCUCUGCAAGAUAGUGAAAUGUGUGUAGUCUUCUUGUUUGUCCACUUGUCAUUUUGCUAUGUAUGUUUGUCCUGUAGGAGUAGUUUUGGGUUAAACUGCAUUUUGCUACUACCUGCUAUUGCUAUGUAUACUACACUCUAGCUGCAGUUUCUCUUACUCUGAAUAAAUAAGCUGAACAAUCUAUUUGGUAAUAA